AUGAGAAGAGGUAUUGGAAUUCAAGCUGCACAAAAACAAACUCAAACACAAAAACAAUUACAAAAUGUUAGUGAACAAUUAAAUACAGAGAAUAUUAAUAAAAUUAAAGAACAACUAUUAGUGUUUAAAGAGAAUUUAGAGAUAUUUGCAACUAAACAUAAAAAAGAUAUAAUUAAAAAUCCAGAAUUUAGAAAAUACUUUCAAGAUAUGUGUAAUAUGAUUGGUGUUGAUCCAUUAGCGUCAAAUAAAGGAUUUUGGUGUCAAGUUUUAGGAGUUGGUGAUUUUUAUUAUACAUUAGGUGUUCAAAUUAUUGAAAUUUGUUUAAAAUAUAGAAGUAGUAAUGGUGGAUUAAUGGAGAUGGAUACAUUAGCAGAACAUUUAAGAAAACUUAGAGGAAAGAAUUCACAAGAAAUUAGUUGUGAUGAUAUAGAAUGUUCAAUUUCAAAAUUAAAAGUAUUGGGUAAUGGUUUCAAUAUUAUUAAAGUUAGUGGUGGUAAAAAAUUGGUACAAUCCGUACCUUGUGAAUUAAAUAAAGAUCAUACCGAUAUAAUCAUUUUAGCACAAGAUAAUAAUGCUUCAAUAACUCAAUCUUUAGUAAUAUCAAAAUUAAAAUGGAGUGAAGAAAGAAUAAAUAAUGUUAUUAACUUUUUAUUGCAAGAAUCUAUGAUUUGGAUUGAUGAACAAUCAAAUGAAACUAUAUAUUGGUUUCCGAGUUUAUGGUCAAACUUUUCUUUUGAAUGA